AUGGGUAUGCCUACAAGAAAACAGACUCAACCAGUAACGCAUGCCAGCCAAAACGACAUUGUGCAAGGCCUCGUUCCGCCAUAUCAACCCCGGUUCGCGAGCGUUAGCAACCAUGGUGUCAUCCACAGAGGAGAAGAGCGACCCACUUCACUUCUGCAAUUCAAAGAGUUGGACUUUGAGAUCAUAGAAGACGAUGAAGUGCUUGAUGAAGAAGCAACGGAUGGAUUUGAUGAAGGGGCAUACUAUCCCGUGAGCAUUGGACAGGUAUUUGACGCGAGAUAUCAGGUAGUUGGCAAACUUGGCUAUGGUGCCACCUCGACUGUUUGGCUCGCGCGUGGCAUUCAGAAGCACAGCUUCGUCACCCUGAAAAUCUAUACGCGGCACCCGGACAAUGAGGAUGAGGUCAAGAUGUACCAAUAUCUCAGUACCUGCAAGACAGCAUCACAUCCGGGCUCUUCGUGCAUCAGAACGGCCUUCGAAACCUUCGAGAUUCCCCGGUCCGGUGGACCACAUCACGGUAUUGUUCAGAUACCCCUUUGGGACAGCAUCGAAAAUCUGGUGGCCAGGAAUGGCACUCACCAAGCUUCAGCGGAGCUUCUCAAGCCUUUGUCGAGAUAUGUCUUUCUCGCUCUAGAUUACAUCCACACGGAAUGCCACGUCAUACACACUGAUAUUAAAGCGGACAACAUCCUUCAGACCAUUGAAGAUGAUUCGAUUUUACAAUCAUUCGUACAAGCUGGGCUUGGACAUCCUUCCCCUCGUAAAUCCGUCGGGGAUAAGACAGUCUACCUGUCAAGAAGCUUUGAUCUACCGAAGACGUUCGGGAAUCCUGUUUUGUCGGAUUUCGGCGCGGCGGUUCGAGGCGAUAUAGAGCACGAUGUGUUUGUACAGCCCGAAGCAUACAGAUCCCCAGAAGUCGCGAUGGAAAUGGAGUGGAGUUAUCCGAUCGAUAUAUGGAACGUCGGAUGCAUGGUAAGUCGCAAGGAUAAAGAGUUGUUCGUACAGUUCAUCAGGUCCAUGUUGCAGUGGAAACCUGAAGACCGCAAGACUGCUCGGGAACUUUUGGAAGAUCCAUGGUUGAACGGCACUGGAUGA